AUGUUGCCUUCGUUGUCUGGAACGAUCAGCAGCGACCACGACACGAAGAAGAAAUCUCAUUCCGUUUCAUCAUCAUUACACCCUCUUCCUCCCAAUUAUGAUGCUUCCUGCCUCUUGUUUGCUUCAGGAAAGAACAAAUAUGGAGCUCUCAGCACAGGUCUCAAUGAUUUUACGAAUCGGACCGUUCCCACCACGAUGGUACUCUUUGAGAAGAAGCCUUUGAUCGGAGGUGGAUUUGUAAAAUACAAAGACAGCAAUAAUUCAUCUUCUCAUGAUGAUUCAAACAAUGUUGAGAAUAUGGAUGUUGGUUCUAUAACUAUUUCGUCUGAAUCCAAAUCUCCUCCUUCAUUGGAACAAGAUCAACAACAGGAAUUUAUUCCUACCAUGAUCAAGAAGGUUGUUUGUGGAGCCUAUCAUUGUGCCAUGCUCUCGGAAGGAGGUGAAGUCUAUGUUUGUGGAUUUAAUUCUUUUAAAGGAGUAUUGACGCAUGCAGACAAGUUGGAAGUGUUUCAACCUCUGAAAUUCGAGAAAAAAGUUAAAUGCAUGAGUAGUGGAUGGUUUCAUUUGAUGAUUUUGACAGAAGACGAUGAACUUUAUGGUGUGGGAUUGAAUUCAAGCGGACAAUUAGCAGUUGGAGAUUUAAACAAACGUGACACAUUUACAAAAAUUGAAAUACCAAAAGAUGUCAAAUUAACAUCCGAUGAAGAGAACACCAACAUUUCUGGGCCCGUGAGCGAAGAAAUUAACAACCAAUCAGAUAGCUCUGAUGAUUUAGUCCAGGUGGAAACACCUCAUUGCAUUUCAAUCAAAAAAAUUUGUUGUAAAGAACAUCAUUCGGCUCUCAUAACCGAAACUGGAGUCCUGUUUGUGGCUGGUAAAAACAAUAUGGGCGAAUUGUCAUUAGGAAAAGGAUCUUCCAAACCUGCUGUAAAAGUGUUCACAAAAGUAGAUACUUCAUUUGUUGCGAAAGAUAUUUCCUUUGGCAAAGACCAUGCUGUUGCGCUUUCAGAAGAUGGGUUCUUGUACGUUUCUGGAUCGAAUGAAAUGGGGCAAAUAGGUCUUGGAAACAUCAAAAGUGUGAAACGAUUUACAAAAAUUCACUUAAGAAUUGGGUACAAAAUCACAAAAAUUGCAUGCGGGUUCAUGCAUACCACAGCGAUAUGUAAUGUUGGAGGAAAUAUUGUCAUGGCUGGAUGUAACUUGAACGGAGAGCUUGGCUUGGGAGACCGUCAAAAAAGGACUCGAUUUACUUUAUUGAAAACCAAUCUCAUUCCAAAGCAAAUUGCUUGUGGUGCCUCACUCUCUUUACUGCUAACUGAUCAAUAUGCAUACAGUUGUGGUAUUAAUACGGAUGGAAGAUUGGCAACAGGAGAUACUGCUCAAUUUUCAGCAGCAUACAAAAAGAUCAAAACAAUGACCACAGACAUUAUCAAUCGAAUAGCUUGUGGUGCCUUCACUUCACAUUUUUACUUUUCACACAGAAAGGCAAUUCUUGACUCGCUCCCAAUUCUCUCGUUCCCUAUUCGGCAUUAUUCUUGGAACAAAGUUCAUGAAUCUGUGUCGCUUUUUGGUUUUGAGCCGCUAUUGAAACAGGUUGUACCCAAGUUCUAUUCUAAUGUUAUUUGUAACACUAAUUUUUUAUCUACUAUGAAUUCUUUUCAAAUUUCUAUUGUACAAUGGAUUAUUGAUUGCAUACAGGGACAUCAGACCAAGAAAAAGGAGCUUAUUCAUUUCCUCGUUAGAUUAGAUUUCAUCCAAAAAUUACAAUUUUUAUAUUGCCUUAAUCACUCGACAUGCGAUGUUUUUGUUGAGAACGUGAAACGAUUUGUGUUUCUUUUUCUCAUUGAACAAACUCAAGAAAAGUUUCGUGACGUUAAAAAAGAUGAUGUGGACUAUAUAAUAUUUUUAUCUGAACUUGAAUCUCUGAUGGAAAGUUUUGAAGAAAAAUCCAAUGAAACAAAUCUUGUCAUGCACAGAGAGACGCCUUCAACCACUUCACUUCUACACAAAUUAUAUCAAUUUUUUUCGAAACAGCAAAAAGUUCAAUAUUUUCAAUCACAUCCCAUUCAAGAGAGUUUUAAUCAUGGCUACUUAUUUUCCAAAUUGUAUAACGACCCAACAACAAGUGAUGUUAAGGUAGUCAUUGAUGCAAAACAGAGUAACAUUGUUCACUUGCACAAAACCAUUCUCUCAUCAGCUAGCCCAGUAUUAGAAAAGAUGCUAAGCGAAGAAUUUGAGUUUAGUCAUGAAAAAGAUAUUCUCAAUCUUUAUGAAUUUGAAAAUGACUCGUCUGAAAAACAAACAACAGAUACUGAAAUUAUUUUGAAGGAAAAGGCCAUCAGAGGAGUAUUACAGAGCUGUUAUGGAUCUUUGAAAAAACAGAAAAACAAUCUCGACGAUUAUAAUGACAUUUCUCUUGUUAUUUGUAUGCUGUACCAUGGAAAUAUUUUACAAAUGGAUCAUGUCAUUCGAUUUUGUUACCAACGACUUUCCAGUGUUCUCUCUGUGGAUAAUUUUCUGGUAGUAUGCAAGUGGCUUUUAUUAUUUGGUGAUGAAACCUUCUUUGCACGAACGAAUGACAACACAGUCAGCAAUUCAAAUCCCAUGAUUGACAUCUUUCAAUUACUCACAGAGUUUGCCGAGCUGAAUAGCACAGAGUUGGCUGCCAUAUACAAGAACAAUCCAUCUGAGUGGGACAAUAUUCCUUACAUUCAAUCCAUCUUGUUUAAGAAAAAUAGUACAGCUACUACUAGUACUACUAUCAAACCUACAGAAAAUUAUGGUUCGCAACAUGUGACGCAUUCAAAGAAAUGUUCCAUUCAGUAA